GCCCUUCAUCUCGGAAUCUGGGCUCACUACUCGCCGGUACCUCGUGUCAGCAGGGAUACACGUUGUCAAUCCGAAGAGACCAAGGCCGCUAUCCAGGAUAUGUUUGAGUACCUUCAGGAGUACUUUGCCCCGACGAUCAACUCUUUACUUCGAUACCAUGCCUUCCCGCAGUUUGUCGUCAAGCAAAUGGUCAGGGACCACGUUCGUGCAGUGCUAGGGGAAGAACUCAAGAAGUCCCCCUGGCUCGACAUGGACGGAGCUUUCUUCACGCUCGCGUGUAACAUCGGGAGUAGCGAGCUCUGGCAUCUGGAUUGGAACGAUGACUCUCGUCUGUAUGCCAUCAUUUUCUGUGUCAGCGACCAGGACGGAGGGUGGGAGGGCGGGGAUUUUAACCUGCCGCAGCUCGGCUACCGCAUCAAACUGGAGGAGGGUGAUGUGUUGUUUGUUCUAGCUCGCCGCCUCAUUCACUGCGCAACUACUGUCCUGAAGGGAAAGCGCAUGGUUUUCACUUGCUUCACUGACCGCUUCAUCGUGAACAUGCUGACAAAAUAU